UUUUCUUUUUAUUUUCUUUUCUUUUUCUUUUUCAUUUCAUUUUAUUUCGUUUUAUAUAAAUAUGACCGUCGAUAUUAUGUCUGCCACAUUAGAUAAAACUCCUUUAAAUGCUACAGAAGCUGUCAAUAUUGACUCUACCACUAAUUCUCCACCUGCUGAAUUAGAAAAGAAGCAAAAGAAACCUAUACGUCAGGCUGUUGGUGGUAUUGUGGUUGAUACCACAAAUAAUAAAGUGUUGAUGCUUUCAAGUCGCAAGACAGAAGGUGUCUAUCGUCUUCCUCGAGGAAAUUGUGAUAAAGACGAAACCCCUGAGCAAGCUGUCGUUCGUAUUCUUCAUGAUGAAGCUGGUGUUCAAGUCGAGAAAGUUGAUCAAAAAGUAGGAACAUAUACUGAAGCUAAUAAAAAGGGUAAGAUUGUGGGUCAUCAUUGGAUGUUUGAGGUAAGGAACCCAACGCUUAUGGAUUGUUGGCCUGCUUUGGAUCGUAAACGUGUUUGGUUUACAAUUGAAGAAGCAAUUGCUCAUUCUGCUGAUCGUCAUAUUGCUCGUUUAGCUCUUAAUAAUUGUUCUUUAUCUUGAGUUUUUUUGAUCCAUUUUUUUUUCUUUUUAAUUUCUAUAGUAUCGUAUUUAAUUCAAAAAAAAAAAUUAUUUGUAUAAUUCUUUUUCGAUAGUUAUUCCCUUUUAAUUUAUACAGCUUUGUGUCUAUUAUAGUAUGAUGACAUAUUUUAUUUUUUAUUUUUUAAUAAAAACAUCAUCAAUUAAAUUUUUUAUUUUA